UGCGCCCCUCAAACAGAAAAGAUGGAGGCUGAAAACAGCUCGCAAAUGCAAGAGGAGAACGCGGCUCUUGCGGAGAAGAACUCGGGCGAGCAGUGUGACGCCGUCGCCGAACCAAAUGCAUCAAAGUUGACACUGUAUCACUGGACGCAGUCGUUCAAUUCACAGAAGGUGCGCCUGGCCAUCGCCGAGAAAGGUUUGCGUUGCGAAGAGUAUGAUGUGAGCUUACCACUCAGCGAGCACAACGAGCCCUGGUUCAUGCGUCUCAAUCCCACUGGCGAGGUGCCCGUCCUGGUGCACGAUGACGGCGUCAUCUGUGACCCCACGCAGAUCACGGACUACCUGGAGCACAACUUCACUGACGGCGGCACUCCCAGGCUGAUUCCAGAAGAGGGAAGCACAUACUACCACAGAGUGCAGCACUACAGAGAGCUGCUGGACUCGCUACAGAUGGACGCCUACACGCACGGCUGCAUCCUCCACCCUGAGAUCACUGUAGACUCGCACAUACCGGCUUAUGCCGCCACAAGCAUACGAACACAGAUCCUAAACACAGAGUCAGAGCUGAAGAAACUGGCAGAGGAGAACCCGGAGCUCAAAGAUGCUUAUAUAGCAAAACAGAGGCGCUUAAAGUCCAAGUUGUUUGACCACGACAACAUGAAGUACCUAAAGAAGCUUCUGGAUGAACUGGAGAACGUGAUGGAUCAGGUUGAGACGGAGCUGCAGAGGAGGGUUGAAGAAACACCAGAAGAAAACAGUCAACAGUCGUGGCUGUGCGGCCAGUUCUUCAGCAUGGCCGACGUCUCCCUGGCAGUCACCCUGCACCGCCUCAAGUUCCUCGGCUUGUCCCGCCGCUACUGGGGCAACGGCAGCCGCGCCAACCUGGAGGCCUACUACGAGCGUGUGCUGGAGCGGCCGGCCUUCAGGAGAGUCCUGGGCCACGUCAACAACAUUCUGAUCUCGGCCGUGCUCCCGGUCGCCUUUCGCGUGGCUCGGAAGAAUGCGCCGGUCCUUGCCGGCGCCACUUUUUUGAUCGGCCUUUUAGGCGGAGCCACAUACCUGGCCUUUCUUUACAUGAGGAGGAGGUUGACUCUGUCCAGUUGGGGAAGCUGGAGCUGAAUUUAUGGGGUUACGCAAAUCCCGCAUAUUUAAAAUCAAAGUCAAAUAGUAUUCAUUUAUUCAAUCAUAUUUAAAAGAAUUACAUUAUUUCCAAUUGCACGCAAAUUAAUUGUAUAUUAUAUUCAUCUGCAAAAUUUACAAACUACACAAACUACUCAGUUCCAUCAUCACAGGAUUGCAAAGGGGUGGAACAUUUCCUGUAAAUUUCCAGUCAAUUUACAAGGGAUUUUAAGAUUCCCUUGUAAUAUUCCCAAUUGGAAAACCUUCUGUGGGAAUUAUAGGAAUUUGUUGGAAUUAAGUGAGAAUUUAUAGGAAUUUACUUGGAAUUGAGGCUAAUAUAAUAGAAACGUGUCAUAUUUAAGCAUAAACAUAGACAUUUUGUUUUGUUAUUAGCAGCCAUCCUUGCAGAACAUAGCUCUCCUUGCCCACGUGAGAGUGUUUGCGUUUGCUCAGUUUUUUUUUAUUAAUUUUUUUGAACUACACUCGAGUGGUCAGAUAUCUGAAACCUGCUCAUACUGUACCUCAAAUUUCGGAAAAUCGACCUUGGAAAUACUCGUAAGUUGGGGCAGUUUUAAGUCAUGUAAAAAAAAAAAAAUAAUCGAUUUCCACAAAAUUGAACAGGGGUGCGUGGGUUUUCUCCGGGUACCCCGUUUCCUCCAAAACAUACAGGCUAGGUUGAUUGCAGACUCUAAAUUGACCGUAGGUGUGAAUUUGAGUGCAAAUUUGAAUUUGAGGCUCCAGCACGCCCACGACCCUAGUGAGGAUAAGCAGUACAGAAAAUGGAUGGAUGGAUGACAUAUAGGCCAAGGAAGAUCCCAUUAAAUUUUGGUGAGAACCUGGAUAAAGGGCUGGAAAAAUCAAUCCAUCAAAUGAACUGUCCGCCCACUAAAAGCAUGGUACCACAUAUCUGUUUGUCAUUUUCCAUGAAUCGAUGUCGUGCCCUGUGCUGUUAUGAGUGACAUUCUUGCUAGAAGGGCAUAGGAUUGGAAAAACAACAAAGCUACUGGUGGUUCUUGCACAUUACUGUAACUAAAAACAAUCAAUCAUUUGCAAAGCAUUCAGAGUAGACCAAUGCUUAAUUCAGCGGAAAAAAAAAAGUAUCACAAGCUAAAUUGUGGUUAGUCAUAGGACAAACAUGUACCAAAUGUAUACAGUUUGGUUGCUUCUUGCAUUAAUAGCCAAGGAAAUGUAUUGCUGGGUCAACUUCAAGCGGAACAUUUUCAAUAUGCCAUAAAAGUGCAUUUGUAUGCACCCUCCUCGUCUCAUGUCUACAUCAUUGCGCUCUGAAAUUUCAGCACAACUUCGAAAAAAGCCAAAUCACUUGUCUUCUCCAGACUUAACUUCAAAAGCACCUGUCUAAAAUAAACUUUCUUCUGAAACACUC